CCAACCCGCAAGCGCCAGCCACAGAAUAUGGAGAGCAAACAGAGCACCAAGCGGGCAACACAUGGCGCCCACUGCGCCACCAUCCCCGGAAAGGCCAGAGACCACACUGGGACUCACGCACGCAGAAAUGGAGCAUCGGCUCACCAGCAACCUCAGAG